UUAACUUUUUAUUAAGUUACUAUCUAACCUUAGAUAUUUAAAAAUUUUGUUGCUUUUUUGAAGAAGCAUUUAAAUUGCAAUGUUCUGUUGUAUAUUGCUGUGCUUUAUCAAAAGUACAUAUCACACAAAUAAAAUUUGAAGUAUGUUUAGUGAUGAUAACAGUUUGUACAUUGCUUCCUCUAUCAAAAUGUAUGUAUACAUAUGUGCUACGCACACAAGCAAACUGCAAGCAGUCGUAAACACUUCACUGCUCCCAAUCAACGCAUAUUAACUGUGCACUGUGCGUUUGUAUCAUGUAUAAGAGCAGCUUGUAACUUGCAACGUUGAAACCUAAAAACGAGAUGAAAAUAGCUAUCGUCGGCGGUGGGAUCGUCGGAUUAACGACGGCCGGAUUUGUACGAGCAGGAUGCUUUCGUAACGCUGAUAUAACGGUCUUGGCCUCGGAUUUUGAUGACAUUGUUAGCUAUGUUGCUGCAGGAAUCUUCAGAGUCGGUGCUUCUUUCUGCGGUCCUAAUGAAACGGUAACAAGACAAUGGAUAAAAGAUUCUUACGAAUUUUACGAUGCACUUCGAAAAAUGGAUUAUGCUUCUCAUGCUGGAGUGACUGAUAUUUCUGGAUAUAUAUUCGCUAAUUCAUCUUCAGAUACCGUUAAGAAUCACUGGCUUGAAGGCGUGGUGCCACUAUACAGAAAAGUGAAUGAGGAGGAAUUUGAACUGGUUAACGGCAACUGGAAGUACGGAUCGUACUUUUCGACUCUCCUCACACAGAGCAAUUUAUAUCUUCCAUGGGUUAAACACCGAUUACAAUUAGACGGAGUCACGUUCAAGCAAAAAAAAUUGGAUUCCCUUAAAGAACUAAUUGAUGAAUAUGACGUCAUAAUAAAUUGCACCGGGCUUGGAGCGCGCAAAUUGUGCAAUGACAGACGUCUUGUUGCUCUACGUGGACAGGUGCUCAAAGUAAAGGCACCAUGGAUGAAAAUGUUUUUCUACGGCGAGCUCGAUACAUAUGUCAUACCAGGCUUCAACGGUAUAGUUACUCUGGGUGGAUCGAGGAGCUUCGACUCGGAAAAUAAGAAAUUGUGUCCGUAUGAAUCUGCAGCGAUUCGCGAGAGAUGUAAAACGUUGGUCCCGUCUUUAAGCAAUGCAAAAAUCUUGCAGGAAGAAGUUGGUUUACGACCGCAUCGAGAGGGUGGUGUCAGAGUUGGGGAGGGGACACGCAUCAGUCAUCAUUCUAAAGCUAUAACCGAGCAUUUCUUUUUACAGAUUGUACAUAAUUAUGGACACGGUGGUUAUGGAGUUUGCAUGGCGCCUGGAACCGCUGCAGCAGCUGUUGAUGAAGCCAUCAAAUUUCAUAAAUCUACCAGCUCCAAAAUAUAAUUACUGUAUCAUAAUUUUUACCGUUACGUACAUUAUCUGCAGUGUUUGCCGUUAUCUAUAUAAAAUUAUCUACAUGAAAUGGUUCUCUUAUCUUUAUCUAGAUUGAGAAUAUAUUUUUAUUUUUAUUUUACAUAAAAAUCUUUUUCUAAAUUAAUAUGAAUAAUAAGUAUGCAAUAUACUACUCCGUAACUUCAACCUUCAAGUUACCAUUUAUCUUCAGAAUUUUUUAAAGUAAUAACAGAUCAGAAAAUAAUAACGUAAUGUACAAAUUGCUCCAAAACUAUAAAUGAUUCAAAAAUUUAUAAGAGAUUUUGUCGAUUGCAAUGUAAAAGUAUAUUCUCUUCAUAUUUUUUAUUUUUAUUUUUAUUUGCAUAUAUUGAUUCAAAUCAAAAGAGGAACAUUUUAAAAUAAAUUAAUUAAAGAACUUGUUUUUAAGAAAUAAAGAUUUAUAAAUAAACAUAUAAAUAUUGUCUUUACGUAAAUUGUUUUGCUCAGCAGCGAUAUUAUCUUCAAAUUAUAUAGAUAAAACAAUACAAUUUUAUCUUUCAUUUAUUAAUAAGAGAGUGUAAAAUUAAAUUAUUUUUAUCUGAUCUAAAAUACAUUUAAAUGUAAUCUUCAUCUAGAUAAUUUUAAAUUAUCUAAGUAUAACACCCAUUAUUUAUUACCAUAUUGCAGAAAAUAUAAGUGAAAAAUUUUCUU